GGGGGGGGGGGGGGACCGGCGCCGGAGCUCCGAGCAGCGGCCGGGGCGGCCUCCGUCUGCGCGGCCAUGAAGCGGGAUCGGCGGGGCCGGUUCUUGCCCGCAGCGUUGGCGGCCAGGGUCGGGUCGGAGUCGCCGCCGCCGCCGGCCGAGAUCAGCAGGCCAGUCUCGGCGAGCCGGACGCGCCGCGGACGCUCCGCCGCCGCCCGGGAGGAGAAGAGCGCGCCGGAGCCCAAGAGCUGGGCCUCGCCGCCCUCGGAAGCCGCAGCCGCGCCGGGACUGCCCCGGGGCUUGAGCACGGGCUUCUGCCGGCUGUGCCACGGGAAGUUCUCCUCGCGGAGCCUGCGAAACGCCUUCGCGAAGGUGCCCGUGCUGAGCGAGGACGCGGAGAAGCAGCGGCGCUUGGACCAAGUCUUCUUCACAGACUUCCAGCGGCUGGUGGGGGUGGCCGUCCAGCAAGACCCGUCUCUCCCCCCGUUUGUGUGCAAGAAGUGCCACGCCCAGUUCUACAAGUGCCGCAGCAUCCUGAAGGCCUUCAUCCAGAAGGUGAACCUCUCGCCCGCAGGACACCCCAAGCCACGGGGAAAGAACAGCCUUGCCCAGCCUUCAGUGCCCGUGGCGUCAGCUGGAGAAGGCGAGGCGCCUUGUCUGGACCUGAUCACCUCCAGCCCACAGUGCCUUCACCAGCUGGUAAGGUGGAGCCAUGGCCACGCGGAGAACUGCCCGAUGGCACCAAGUCUGCAGAGUGUCUUGUCCUCCAAGUACUGUGGGAUCAUCAGAGCCGUGUGGGGCUGCGCAGAGGGCCACAAUUACAUCAUGAGCACUGACUCGGACUGCAGCACCCUGCUGGUAGACAGUGCCCUGGCCGUCCAGUGGGAACUGAAGGACGCCCCCCAGCAUGUCAUUGGCAAUGGGGUGGCAUCCGACAACUCCGGGACGGCCAUUCCGUCACUGCAGCCCCAGCACAGCACCGCUAGAGCCGUGGCCAGCCAGCAGCCUGAAGACAGCGGGACCGCUUUGCCGGCAUCCAGUGCAGAAAACCUGGUUGCUGAGAGCCAAGGUUUGCCUUCCUUGCAAGACCCCUUGCAGGAGCACCUGCUCCAAGCGACCUGUCCCCAGUCGGGUAGCCCAGGGCGGCCGAGUGAGAAGCUGGCUCUCUCUGCAGCAUCAGAUGAGCGGGUAAAAGACGCGUUCAGUGACCUUUCUGAGGGAGAGUCUUCAAACGAGGAUGAGAACCACAAGGCAGCCCCGUCUUCUUCGGAUGACUCUUUUGAGCCGUAUCCAGAAAAGAGGGUGUCCAACAGCAGAAAAGCUGAAAGCAAAGACACAAACGUGGAGGGGCAGAAAGCGAGGAAGAAGCCGGGGCCCAAACCUGGCUGGAAGAAGAAGAUCAAGUGCGAAAGGGAGGAGCUGCCAAACAUUUACAAGUGUCCUUAUCAGGGCUGCACAGCCGUGUACAGAGGGGCGGAUGGCAUGAAGAAGCACAUCAAAGAGCACCACGAAGAAGUCCGGGAGAGGCCCUGUCCCCACCCAGGCUGCAACAAGGUCUUCAUGAUUGACCGCUACCUUCAGCGCCACGUGAAGCUCAUUCACACCGAGGUACGCAACUAUAUCUGUGACGAAUGUGGCCAGACAUUCAAGCAGCGCAAACACCUGUCUGUCCACCAGAUGCGCCACUCCGGAGCAAAGCCACUUCAGUGCGAGAUCUGCGGCUUCCAGUGCCGACAGCGAGCCUCCCUCAAGUACCACAUGACCAAACACAAAGCAGAGGCGGAGCUGGAGUUUGCCUGUGACCAAUGCGGGAAGCGCUUCGAGAAGGCCCACAACCUCAAUGUCCACAUGUCCAUGGUGCACCCCCUGACCCAGACGCAGGAGAAAGCCAAGGGGGCGGAGCCGGAGCCCAGGGCGCUGCUGGACACCGUGGAAGGCCAGCCCAUCAAGGUAGAGCGGAGUGCGCAGCAGGAACCCACCUGAAAACGCCCCAACGUGGCUUGGCCUCAAUCACGCAGGGCAGGAGGUGGUGUCUCUUUGGGCGGGUCCUUCGGAAAAGGCCCUGGGAAAUGACGCCUGCUUGCUUGCGAAGAGCUUCCCCUUGCGGUGACCGUCACUCUUUCUGCGCUUAUGUCAACGACGGCUGCGGCAUCCUACGGAGAAGCCCCUCCCUGGCCAAAAGGCAGGUCCACCCCGCCCCUCCCGCUGACGAAGAUGAAAGGGCAUCACGGUGCCUGUUGUGAAGGUGCGCAUCGCUCACAAGACACCCACAAAUUCCCUGCGACGGAUCUCGAGAAUGAUGGAGACUUGAAUCCAGAUGUUUUACCUUCAAUUCCAAAGCCAAGCUCAAAACGAAGAACAGGACAUUUGUAAGCUGAUUUUUAUUGUUCAGAGUCACAAUUAUGCUUGUAAUAAAUUAUUCACACAGUA